GCCAGCAGUGAGCAGCAGGAGUUCGGCGUCGUUGGGAAGCCCAGGGAAAUAGUCAUCAGUCACCUCCGUGCCAUCUUCGUACAAGCACAGCCGGGAGCCGGACACCGGGAGCUGGAGGACAGGAAGAGUAGCUCGUCGGGCCCACAGACAGUUCGCUCAGGGUGCCACCUGUCUGCAGGAGCCCAGCGCCCGUCCAAGUCCAUCCAAGGGGACGGAAACCGUGCACGUAGUAGCCGGGGUCCCCGCCCCGCCACCCCGACCCACCUGGAAGCGGACGCAGCCCUUGUGCAGCAGCUCCUGGCAGCUCCGGGCCGCCACGCCAAACUUGCACUCGCUGUGUAGGGCUCGCAACUUGACGCUCUUGGGUUGGCGGAGCACCGCGCACAUGGCAGGACUCCGGAAGCGGACACUGCACGCACCGGACGACGACGACUGACCCUCGCUCCUCGCCCCUCCCGGAACUGUGGCGCGUAGGCGCCGCCCGGAACGCUUUUUUCUAUUCCUUGGCAGGGGCGACCCGAAACGUCCGUCUGCAGGACCUUUCCCCUGCCGGAACCGGCGAGGCGUGGCUGCGCGCGCAGGUGCCUACGGACGGCCGCGCAGGCGUACAGCGCGGGCCGGCCUGGUUGCCAUGGGAGCGUGGCUGCGGCCCGGGCGCUGGGCAGAGGAGGCCCGGGCUGCUCCUCUGCUGCCCUCGCCUCAGUGGCCCGGGGUGGGGGCGGCCGGACCGAGGCGAGGCCCCUCCGAAGCGAGCGGAGGCCGGCAUCGCGGCAGCAUCCCUCCUGCUCGUCUCUGCGGCGCCCUGUGACCCCGCGCGGCCUCGGUCCUCAGCGGGCACCGAGACGGAAGACAUCUGGCCGUGGAGGACGUGGCCGCUGCCUGCUCGAGGCCUCUGGGCAGCGCAUCUCGGCCUUCGUGUCGGGAAUCCGGUUCCAGCUCCGCCUUGUCCUCUUCUGGAUGCGUUACUGAGCAGAACCAGUUACCACGAGGCUGAAGACUGUAGCUCUGGCCCCUGAACUCUUCCCUGAUCUUCUGAGCAGCCCGUGUGUGCAGAAUGCCCCACAAGAUUGGAUUUGUAGUGGUCAGCUCUUCUGGACAUGAAGAUGGCUUCAGUGCUCGGGAACUAAUGAUCCACGCACCGACUGUCAGUGGCUGGAGGUCACCAAAAUUCUGCCAGUUUCCACAAGAGAUUGUUCUCCAGAUGGUGGAGAGGUGUCGGAUAAGGAAGCUGCAGCUCCUCGCUCACCAGUACAUGAUCUCCAGUAAGGUUGAGUUCUACAUCAGUGAAAGUUUGCCUGAGUACCUGGUGCCGUACCAAGCAGAGCGCUUCCGCAGACUGGGCUAUGUGUCUCUGUGUGACAACGAAAAGACAGGCUGCAAAGCCCGGGAACUCAAGUCUGUCUACGUGGAUGCUGUGGGGCAGUUUCUUAAGCUGAUCUUUCACCAAAACCACGCCAACAAGUACAACAUAUAUAAUCAGGUGGCUUUGGUUGCGAUAAAUAUCAUUGGAGACCCUGCAGAUUUUGGUGAUGAAAGCAAUAUUACCUCUAGAGAGAAGCUGAUUGACCAUUACCUUGGCCACAGUCCCCACAAUGAAGACCCAGCCCUGGAAGGAACUUUUGCCGGGAGAUCUGACUAUAUCUCUCCACUUGAUGACUUGGCAUUUGACAUGUACCAAGACCCCGAAGUUGCGCAGAUCAUUCGCAGGCUGGAUGAAAAGAAAAGGGAUGCUGUCAAGAAGGAGCGCUAUGAUCACGCGAAGAAACUGAAGCAAGCGAUCGCUGACUUACAGAAGGUCGGUGAGCGCCUGGGGCGCUUCGAGGUGGAGAAGCGCUGCGCUGUGGAGAAGGAAGACUAUGACCUGGCCAAGGAGAAGAAGCAGCAGAUGGCACGCUACCGUGCCCAGGUGUACGAACAGCUGGAGCUGCACGGCCUCCUGCAGGGCGAGCCAGAGAUGCAGAGGCCCUUCGUUUUGCCCCUCCAGCCCCUUGCAUCUCCCAGCAGUCCCCAGCACUGGAAGGCAGCGUCCUCACUGCCGCGCACAGAAGAGCUGGAAACAGAAGGCACAUUUGCAGGCCCCGCCCUCCAGGAAAAGCCCUUGGCAUAUCCCUCGGCAUCGUCUCCUCGACAUUCAGCAGUGGACCAGUCCCCACCUGCCGCAGACCCUGUACCUAGGAGCCAUGUGGACGCCGUGCCCUACGAUGAGCGGCCUCUUCCCAUUACUCGGAAGCAACUGGGGGAAGCAUCCACCGAGCCUGAAGUGAAAGACGCAGACAACAGUGACGUCCGGACACGGGGUGUCUCAGGGGAACCAGAGCCCUUGACAGAGAAGGCCUUGAGAGAAGCCAGUUCUGCCAUUGACAUCUUAGGCGAACCCUUGGUGGCCGGGGCCUAUUCUAAGACAUGGUCCUGCCGGGAAGAUGCCCUGCUGGCGCUGUACCAGAAGCUGAUGGAGAUGCCUGUUGGAACUCAGAAGGAGGAUUUGAAAAACAUGCUCAGAGCAUCUGUCUUUCUCAUCAGAAGAGCCAUAAAGGACAUCGUGACCUCAGUCUUUCAGGCUUCAUUGAAGUUGGUGAAAAUGAUAAUUACCCAGUACAUUCCCAAGCACAAGCUGAGCAAACUGGAGACGACGCACUGUGUAGAGAGGACUGUUCCCCUCUUACUCACCAGAACUGGAGAUUCCUCUGCUCGCCUCCGUGUCAUGGCUCUGAAUUUCAUUCAGGAAAUGGCCUUGUUUAAGGAGGUGAAAUCUCUCCAACUCAUUCCAUCCUACUUGGUACAGCCACUGAAGCCCAAUGCUUCCACUCAUCUGGCAAUGAGCCAGGUGGACCUUCUGGCCCGGCUGCUGAGAGACCUGGGCACUGGGAACUCAGGCUUCACUGUGGACAGUGUGAUGAAGUUUGCACUCAGCGCCCUGGAGCACAAGGUGUAUGAGGUGCGAGAGACAGCAGUCAGAAUCAUCCUGGACAUGUACAGACAGCACCCAGCCCUCACCCUGGAGCACCUUCCCCCGGAAGACAGCAGCACACGCAGGAACCUGCUCUACAAAGCCAUUUUUGAGGGAAUCGCUAAGAUAGACGGCAGGCUGACGGAGGCUGAAGUCAGGGCCCAGAAAAGAGCAGCCACUAAAGAAGCAGAAAAGCAGAAGAAGGAAGAGGUGAAGGUUCUGCAGGGCCAGUUGGCAGCGCUGAGAGAGACCCAGGCUGGAGCCCAGGAGAAGGAGAAUGACGGCGUGAAGCUCAGAAAUCAAGACCCUCCAGGAAGAAAAGCUGCCCCACCUGACACCCCAGAAAUCCCAGAUAACCACUAUUUGGAUAAUCUGUGCAUCUUUUGUGGGGAGAGAAAUGAGUCUUUCACAGAAGAGGGCCUGGACCUCCACUACUGGAAACACUGCCUCAUGCUGACAAGAUGCGACCACUGCAGGCAGGUCGUUGAGAUCUCCAGCCUGACGCAGCACCUGCUGACAGAGUGUGACAAAAGGCACGGGUUUGGGAAGUGCCACCGCUGCAGCGAGGCUGUCCCCACGGAGGAGCUUCCCAGGCACAUCCAAACCAAGGAGUGCAACCCUGCCAAAUCGGAGAAGGUGGCAAACCGAUGUCCUCUGUGUCAUGAAAACUUUGCCCCUGGAGAAGAGGCAUGGAAGGCUCAUCUGAUGGGCCCUACUGGCUGCACAAUGAACCUGCGCAAGACACAUGUUCUCAGCAAAGCCACAGCCCCGCAGCAAGGGAAGGGCCCAGCAGCAUCGAAGUCAGGCACCUCAGGACCCAAGGUUGGAAGCAAGAUCCCCACCCCAAAGGGGGGCCUGAGUAAGAGCUCCAGCAGGACGUACAUGAGACGGUGACAGUUUCCACUGUCCCUGCCGGGGGCUGUGCAGUUUCCCCGUUGUAAGCCAUGUGUGUUGACAUAGUGAUGCAGGACUCUGUGCCUGCUGACCUUGGCCUCUCGUGUCGCAGGAACAGAGUGCAUGGAUAUGACCAAAGAACCCGUCCCACGCUAGGCCCUUGUCAGUGCCCAGGCACAGAAGUGCCUCUUGCUCAGGAAGCCAGCGAGUACAGCACCCACUUUCCUUACUACUGAGAUGUACCCCAAACUUUGAGCUCACUGGUGUCUGUUGCACAUGUUAGACUUUGCACAGGGCUAAGCUCAGCGUUGGUGGCCCUAGCAGACAGCAGCAAGCCAGACUGAACCUCCUGUGUCGUCUCUCUCACGGCCUGCCUGCUAGGUUGUCACACCAUAUACAGCAACAAGCAAUAAAGGGAAGCGAGCAAAAGGCAGCCGUCCUAAGAACAAGCCCCUCCAGGACACACUGCCCAGUGCUGCUGUGCACACCGGUCCCAUCCCCCACUGACAGCCCUACCUUGAUGCCUUUCCUCAGCGGGCUCAGAUCCUGUGCUGCAGAGUCCUAAAUGGACUUUGGGUGAUGUCCCCUGGUUACCCUCUUCUCACCUGACCAUAACCCACCUGCAAGCCUCAGUUUCUUUAUGGCACAAGAGAGCACCUUCCACAUUUGCUAACCCAAAAAGUUGUGUUAUGUCCUGUGAUGUAAAUGAACCCACUUUCCCAGAUCAUUCACAGGAUGUCACUCACAAGACCUCAGGGGACAGCUGUCAGCAUCCUCCACCCGCCUUCUUCCCAGGAGCUCCAGCAGACAAGCAUCUGUGGGAAGAACAGAGUCCAUCUGAAACUCAUGCCCCUGUCUCCGCCACAGGCUGAAGGGGGCCACUGAGGCCCUGCCCUGUGCCUGCUUCCUGAGGUUUUCCUCAUUUCCCUUUGAAAUGUCUGGGAUUGAGAAAAUGAGUGUUAUAAAUUUAGGGCAUAUUUCUUUAAAAUUCCCAACCAUGUAAAACAAAAUCCAUAUGUAUAGGUGCCUGAGCAGCGAGCAUGCUGGGUAGUUAAUCCCAUGAGCUCACCCCUGCUGUUGGCCAACAGCUACUGUACUUGGCUGAGAGCAGGAUCUGUUGAGAGGAGGAUCCUGUCAGAGGCCUUUAGUGUGGAGAGAGCACAAAACGACUUAGAGAGCCAAGCACAGGUGCCGUAGGUUGGGCGCCGGCCAUUGUCUUCUAGCCGUCUCAGAGUACAGGCAGGCAACAGUGGAAGUCACCCUCAGCACUCAGGAAGCAGACACCUGUGAUGCUUUUUAUCUGCUGUAAAAAUCCUUCCUUCUUAGCCUGCAUGGUGGCUCAAACCUGUACUCCUGGCACUUGAGAGGCCAGAGUCAGAAGCUCACCACAAGUUCAAGGGAAGCCUGGGCUCCAGAGUGAGGCGUUGGCUCAAAAUUAAACAGAACAAAAUAGAAUCCCUCAUUUUAGCUCCCAUGUUUGCCUGUUACAGAAUCAUGAGUUUCUGCAGAGGUGACUGGCGAUCUUGACAGCCUCACAGCUCCACACCACUGUGCUUGAUUCAGGGAGGGAGCUAAGAGCCCACCAUUCAUAAUAUCAAAGUGUGGAACACUCCUCAAGCUUCACGUACGACACGUUGUGGAUAUUUAAUAUUUAUUUAUAUUAUUUUUCAUAAAAGAUAUUCUAUUAAACCUAAUUUAAAAGAAUUGUGUCAUAUCUGAUACUGAAAUACAUUGUAAAUACCUUUAAUGAAAAUCUGCAACUUUUUAAUGUUUUAACAUAGUUUUUCUAUUUGUCUUUAUUUCAGGUGCCAGAAGUAUAAAAUAAUAUAUUUUUAUUGUUUUAGGAUUUAUGUGCUAAUUUGACUUGAGUACAUUAAUACAGUAAAAAGAUCAUUCAGUG